AUGUUUCUCAAUGAAGUCAAUCGAACAUUUGAAUCAGUCAUUGAUCCAUCCUUUCAAUCCAAAUAUGAUCGUUGGUGCGAACGACGAGAGUCGAAAGACGCGGGUCAUACCCCCUUUGCGGCGGACGACGAGCUUGGCGAUGAUUUCGAGAUUCUCGUGCUUCGCGUGUGUCUUCUUAGUAUUCAGAGCCUACCCUGUCCCGGAUAUCCUGCCUUUGGAGUUCUCAACACGCAUCUGAAUCAGCUUGAGAACUGGUUUUGUUCGCUCGCCGAUGAGCUUGAAGCUUCACAGAAGCAGGAGAGAAAACCUUCCAUAGUGGCGGUUCAGCACAAACUCUGCCACGUUUGCUACCUGAUCAAGUACGCAAAGGUCAGAGCGUGUUGGUCCGCCCUGAACGCCGCCAUCAAAGAGGCACAUGAGACAGGGCUGCACCGUCGAGACGAUAAUGCCGCCGUCGACGAUCUGGAAAUGGAGCUUCGUCGGCAAAUCUUUUGGAAUCUCUAUGUCUGGGACCGGUACAUGUGCGUUUAUUUCGGGUUUUGGCCUCUCAUACCGGAAGGUUAUUUUGAUGUCGAAUUGCCGCGUGACCUUUUCCGGCCUCUGACCGCGACUCCUGGCUCCGUCACAACCUUCACGGAUCGAGUGUAUCAUAUCAAGAUCGCCCGCUACAUCACCGCCUUCACGAGUCCACCGUCAUGGAAAGCCGACCGGCAUAAUGCGUCGCUUGUGGCUGAAUUUGCCCAGCAGUUUCAGGUUCUCGUGGUUGAUCAGCUGCCUUCCAUUUACUGGCUGGACAACCCGGACCUGCGUUUGGACACGGUAGAACCGGCGAUUCCUCGCAAGCGACAGUUCCUCCAUUUGGCCAUCUACCACACCAAAGCCUCGCUGUACAGAGCGUUUGCCGACCCGUUCAAUCGCCUCCAUGUAGAAACGAACACCCCACCCAAACACACACCCGACUUGCUCGCCCUGUCCCACCGUCGAGCAUACAUGGAUGCCAUUUGCAAAGCCAUAUCCUGCCUCGUGCAGCUCUUUGCGUCGACGACUGAAAAGUCGGGGAGCGCUGCCGAGAAGUUAUUCUUGCUGCCCGUCUGGCUUAUCGAUGCCUUGGCAUGUCUUGGGGUCUGUUUUCUAUCGAUUCAAGCCGACGAGCGACGGCUCGCAAAUCAGGGUCUACAGAUCAGCCCUGAUCAAGACUUGAAAUGCUGUCUUGUCACCUUUUUAAACACCUUUGACAUUCUCCGCCGGGGGGCCUCUCGAUCUGCAUUUGUGAAGAAGGGCCUGGAAGCGCUCGAAACUCUGUACCAGAUCGUGUACACCUCUCCAUGCCGCGAAUUACUGCUGAAGAGUAACGAGGAGAGUGAGAUGGCCACCCUGGGCGCAUUCAGCGUCAGGGGGACAGAAGGUACGAACUUUCAAUUGGAGCAUGCUCUAGUGUCCCUUCAUGCCCAGGAGGGUCCAAACCCCCCCACGAGCGACUCACUGUCACUCCCAGAGUGGUUGCCCAGUUUUCUCGAAAAGCCUGAUCGGGCCUGGAUCUUCCAGCAGAAAUCAUUCUUCAGCGACCUGUUGUCUUGA